GUUAUUAUUUCUGUGAAAUACCUACCGAGCUAGACAUUGAUAUUUUUCACCUUUUUAUAUAUUAAAUCUUAUACAAUCUUAUAUUAAUCCUAAACUAAUCUAAGCCAUAUCUACACUAUGAUUCAGUUGAAGUUAAUUUUUUUGGGGGCGUCAAUUUUAAUAGGUGUAAGCCUUGCCGCUAUCGCUUAUUUUCAGGAAAACAAUGAAAGAAACCAGCAUUCGUACUCAAAUAAUGGAAAUUCGUAUCAUGGAGGUUCAUAUUCUCGGCAAUCUUCUAACAGAGAUGUUCCACCACCACAAGACCGGUCCACGUUUAGACGACGCCUACCCAGGACUAGCAGAAAAAAGGACGAAACAGAGAAUGAAGACAAAAAAACUGUAGAAACAGUAAGACAGGAUUAUAGACAACCCGAAAACACUACCAGCAGAAAAAAGGAAGAAACAGGUAGAGAGGGUGAGACCAAAAUUGAAAAUUGUAAUCUCUGCAAAAUGGCUUUGGGCAAGAAAUACGUUAAAUUACUGUGCGAUGACAAAUUUCAUUUACCUUGUUUAAAUAAAUGGCUAGAUGAUGGGAACAAGUGUUGCCCAACUUGUAAAUGUCAGAAUAUCUGAAUGCCAGCUACCGUAUGAUUGAGUUGGCUUGCAAAUGACGAUCGACAACAUUCCCCAUAUAAUUUUACAUACAAAAUGACAGCGAUCUUCAUUUCCAAGCCAUAUCUGAUGCGUUUUUUUUUUCGGUCACGUAUACAGGGUGGCGCACCUCAUUCGCCUCG